UCUACUGGAAAAAGCGAUAACAAAUUGCUCGGGCUCAGCGAUGGUAUUUUUGGUUGAACGCGCGUCGGGUUAUCGGGAAAAGCUGCGACAAAGCAUCCUAACCGAAGGUGAAGCGGUAGACACUACUACGGCCUGCCAUGGCACUUUUUCUCCGUUUGAACAUUUGCGGCAGCAGUAUGAUUGCUUGCUCGGUCGACACAUUGGCAACUAAUGAUAGAACUCAACACAGCAAGUGCAAGCAAUAUUUGAAGAUGACGAUAUCCAUAACCUGUUCCCAUAGAGAUCUACAUUCUAUGUACUUCAACAAAGACGUUGAAAGCUCUCCAACCAGAAUGUCCAUGCUGUAUUGUUCUAUAGUUAAUAUUAAAUGUCGAAGGGUUGCAUAUGAUUUUUUCUUUUUGAUCGAUCAAAAGA